UCCCCGAGAAGGCGAUGACGUUUUUCUAGCCGGAGGGUGUUUGAACUAAACUGCCGAACCUUUUGUAGAAUCUCGGCUUUUUUGCUGUGUCAUUCAAAAGGCACAAUCUAACUGUAGCCGAGUCCACUGAAAGUUAGUCUUGAAACGUUACCUGUUUAUUUCGUAGCCAAGAGAUCUAGAAGUGUGAACAUGGGGAGGAUACUAGUAUUCGCGGUAGUUUUGAUGGUGACUGUCUGUACAACAGUUGUCCAUGCCGGGCAGCGAUGUGGGUCUGGCUUCACCAGUUUCACCUGCCCACGUCCGAUCUUCGACGAUUCCGACGAGGAAUACUGCUGCGCGGGAAACAGCUGCUGUGAUAGAUGCUGGAGCUCCAUCGUGGACACGUCCUCUUGUAUCGGGAUCAACAACUUUGGCGACACCGCUUAUAAGGCGUUUCGACUAGGUGUCGGCGCCCUCAUCGGCAUCAUUGUGGGAGGCAUCGUCUUCGUCAUCAUCAUCGUGGCGCUCUGUGUCUUGUGCUGUUGCGCAUGCGCCAAGGGGAACCAGAGAAGCCAACCACAGGCUGUCCAAAUGGCUCCGGUCGCCCAUCCCGUGCAGUCUCCACCCGGCCAGUAUCCCCAGUACCCCCCUGCACAGCCUCCUGCCUACCCACAGUACCCGGCUGGACAACCCCCAGCCUACCCUCAAAACCCAGCCUACCCACCUAAGGUUUAGGCCACAAUCGUUGUGACCUCAGGCGACACCGCAACAGUUGGGUCGACAAUACAGAAGAAUGCAUGAUUCACAUUAUAUGGCAAAUUCGACAUACAUGUAUGUAGUAUUAUAUCAAGUCAGAUAUCUGUACAAUUAUGGGACAUAAAGCAUGCAAUUAGAAUCUAUGCUAUAGCUGAUAAGAUACAAAUUUACCAAUACAACUAGUACUAGUGAUGCAUGCAGCAAUAUGUUUUUGUAUCAUUCAAAAUCAUGUGUACAAAUAUCAUAAUGAAUAUCGAAAAGGAUCCAUAUCCGCAAAGAUUAUAGUUUUAGACAUAGUUUGUAGAAAGUAUAUAAGAUAAGAGUGUGCUUUUUCGUGAUUUCUGAUACUCUGUAGUAUACUGUAGCUGUAUUAUUAGUAGUACCCAUUCAUAACACACAAGUCGUGUACAUGCCGAAAUCCCUAUAUCUAACGUAGUUUUAUAUAUCAUGUAGUAUCAUAUGCUUUCUAUGUUAUUGAAAUAGCCAACAUGCACUUUUAAAGAAAUCAUGCUGGGCAAAAUGUGAUAUUUUGUUCUACAAAUGACUAAAGAAGUGUACUAAGUUGAUUUCUGUCAUCAUCUGAAAUAAAUUCUGGCA